ACCUUGAACAAUGAAUGGUGAGAAAGUUAUUGGUAGACCAACCCAUCCCUCAGACUAUGUGUCGAUUCCAGUUGUUCAUUAACAGGUGAGUUAAGAAAGCAGGUGAGUUGUCGAAUCUGAGCGGAACAAAGCAGGUGUGUAAAUCCAUACAUCCUUGUUUUGAAACAAAGCAGUCGAUCAAUGAAAGAUUUCACAGUAAGUAGUUAAAUGAAUGAAAAACGUUUGAGACAUUCAGAGAAGUAAAUACAUUUUUAUAGGCUGUUUUUCACACACCAAUUUUGUUUUCCAACUGGAAAAAGUACAUGUGCUGAAUGGAAUAUAUCUUGCGUGAGAAUAUUGCGAUAUUUGGAAUACAGAAUAAAAGGGAUGACAAGUAACUUUUUACUUUUUGGAAUUAUUAGAACAUUUCUGGCAAAUGGAUUUUACCCACCCACAGCUCAAUGUCUUGUCAUUGAACAUCUCAACAUCAUUGGUACCAGAACAGGUCAUCUAGACUGGGAAAUCCAAAGACUCUCCUUAUGAAAAAUAGGAACAUUCAUUAGCUUAUACAUUAAGUCCUCAGAAUGGCUCAUAGAGGUUGGUGGGUGUGUGUCUGCUGGAUGGUGUUGAUCGCAGGCCGAUGCGAGGCGAUAUACCCUCACUGUCUGGAUGGGAUCAUGAUGAACGUAGUUCUGCUGGAUGACGACAUCUCUCCCUGGAGUAUGACAUUUGUCCGUAGCGCUGUGGAGAGUGCGAUCCAGCUCGACGCUGAACUCCCCUGUAAAAGCUGUCCAAACGGAGUGAAGCGAAACCUGACUGCAAACUUCCUUGGGCUCGAGACUAGUUUGUACAGCAAGAAAGGCUGCAAAAGCAGCACUUGUGAAGUGGUGGAGACCUUGAAGAACCUAACUAAAACAGGCCAGGAGGGCUGGGUUUUGCUGGGGCCCACCUGUACCCAUGCAACCUUUCAGAUGGUUGAUCAAGAGGUUGGUCUGAAGCUCCUCAUGCCCAUCAUCUCAGCAGGCAGCUUUGCUCUGUCCUGUGACUACCAAGACAACCUGACCCGCAUAUUACCCCCUGCACGCAAGAUCUCCACAUUCUUCACAAAAUUCUGGGACUUCAAAAACAAUAUCAAACCCAAGUGGUCCACAGCCUUCCUCUAUAAGAAGCAGGAGAACACUGAGGACUGCUUCUGGUACAUCAAUGCACUUGGUACAGGCUCAGCCCACUUUUCCUUACAUGUCAAAAAUACCCAAGUUAUAACCAAAGCGGAAGACCUUAGAAUGGAAUUAAACUCCAAAAAGAGGACAAGCAAUUUGUUCAUAGUGUGUGGGACGCCAGGAGAUAUCGUGGACCUGAAGAAUGGAACUAUGGAGGUUGAUCCUAGUGUUGUCUUCAUCCUGGUCGAUCUUUACAAUGAUAAGUACUACACCAAUAAGUCCUCUAUCCCCGCUAUGAAGAACGUGUUGGUUCUCACCAUGCCCAACACUAGGAACUAUACUGUGGACACAGACCUGGGCAACAACGUGACGAUGAAUGACUAUAUGGCAGCGUACCAUGACGCAGUGCUGCUGUUUGGUCAGGUGAUGAGAAAGAUCUGGAGCAAGCCUGAGUCUGAGCUCAACCACACGGAGGUAGUCAAUAUCAACCACUUCAGAAACAUCUCAUUUGACGGCAUCGCAGGCCACUACAAGUUGGAUGACUAUGGGGACAGAGACGUGAAUUUUUCAGUCAUUUACACCACCACUGACAACAAGUAUGAAACUUUAUUUAUAUUCAACACUGUCUACAACUACACCAACAUUGUCAACAGUAAACCAUCCUUCAUCUGGGGCAGACAUCUCCCAAAUGACAUUCCAGACCAGGGUUUGGGGGUGCAGAACAUCGUUGUCAUUGUCUUAGGUGUCACUGUGGUGGUGGUGGCUACCAUUGCAUUCAUCUUCUACAGGCAGAACAGGAGAGAGCGCCAGGUGAGGAAGAGAUGGUCUCACAUCCACUCUGAACUCAUCACCCCGCUGGAGUAUAAUGAACGUAGCUUGGUCUGCCUCAAGAUUGACGAAGACCACAGGACAAACAAAAGUUAUAUGAUCCGCCAAGGACGCUAUGAUAAAAAGAUUGUGAUCCUGAAGGAGCUGAAACACUCUGACGGGAACUUUAACAAGAGCCAGAGGAUAGAGCUCAACUCUCUUCUGCACAUUGACUACUACAACCUGACUAAGUUCUAUGGCACAGUCAAGUAUGAUCAUGGUGUGUUUGGGGUGUUCGAGUACGGCGAGAGGGGAUCUCUAAGGUGUGUGCUGAAUGACAAUAUUUCAUACCCGGAGGAGACCUUCAUGGACUGGGAGUUUAAGAUCUCUGUAAUGUAUGACAUCGCCAAGGGUAUGUCCUACCUCCAUUCCAGUGACAUCCAGGUCCAUGGCCGUCUCAAGUCCACUAACUGUGUGGUGGACAACCGCAUGGUGGUCAAGAUCACUGGCUUUGGCUGCAACACUAUUCUAAACCCAGGCAGAGACCUGUGGACAGCUCCAGAGCACCUGCGAAGACAGGGGAUCUCCCAGAAGGGAGAUGUCUACAGCUUUGCCAUCAUCGCCCAGGAGAUAGUUCUCAGGAGGAAAACCUUUUACACCGAGGCCUACUCCGACCGCACAGAGAAAAUGGCCAGAGUGCAGUACCCUAUCAAAAUAACCUAUUUCAGACCUGAUCUGAAUUUUGAGACUGCAGGAGAAAAAGAACUGGAGGUGUACAUGCUGAUAAAGAUCUGCUGGGAUGAGGACCCAGAGCGAAGGCCUGACCUUAAGAAGAUAGAGAGCUCACUGGGGAAGAUCUUCAGUAACCUGCACAACCAGGCUAAUGAGAGUUACAUGGACAACCUGAUCCGUCGUCUACAGAUGUACUCCCGGAACCUGGAGCACCUGGUGGAGGAGAGGACAACUCUGUACAAGGCUGAGAGAGACAGGGCCGACUGCCUCAACUUCAUGCUGCUGCCUCGUCCUGUGGUGCGUUCUCUGAAGGAGACAGGCAUCGUGGAGCCGGAGCUGUUUGAGGAGGUGACGGUGUACUUCAGCGACAUCGUGGGCUUUACCACCCUGUGCCAGUACAGCACCCCCAUGGAAGUGGUGGACAUGCUCAACGACAUCUACAAGGGCUUCGACAGCAUCCUCGACCACCACGACGUAUACAAGGUGGAGACGAUAGGUGAUGCGUACAUGGUCGCGUCGGGGUUGCCUCGGCGGAACGGGAACAGGCACGCGGUGGACAUCUCCCGCAUGGCCCUGGACAUUCUGGCAUUUAUGGGGACCUUCCAGCUCAGACAUCUGCCGGGACUACCUGUGUGGAUCCGCAUUGGGAUGCACUCAGGCCCCUGUGCAGCAGGAGUGGUGGGGAUAAAGAUGCCCAGAUACUGCCUGUUUGGAGACACAGUCAACACUGCCUCUAGCAUGGAGUCAACGGGACAUCCCCUGAGAAUCCACGUCAGUCAGCCCACCAUCAGCAUCCUACAGAGGACAGACUGCAAGUUUGAGUACGAGAAGAGAGGGGAGACUUUUCUCAAGGGUAAAGGCACAGAGUUGACCUACUGGUUGACAGGUGAAACAGGAGAGGACUACAACCUGCCAACGCCACCGACAGCGGAGAACUGCCAGCGUCUGCAGCAGGAUCUGGCCCAGAUGAUCCAGGAGUGUCUUGAGAACCGCUCGCUGGGGUCAGAGAUCAUGGAGAAGAGGAAUACCCUGUCCAUGAGGCAGAGGAGGGUGGGGAGGGACGGAGGGGAGCAGGGGGGAGAGGAGGAGGAUAACGAUGACCAGCCAGAGUACCUCCAUCUGGCUACGGUCAACAACUUCAGUACUUUAUUGUAGUUAUUUUGACAAGGAGAAAUAGGGUUAUGCUGUUUUUUUGUCUAUUGAUGUGAAAGUUUUCUCCAAACUUUUGCAUCAAUCAUUCUUGGUUGUCAAUUGAAGAUUUCGCUGAAAACUACAGUCACAUGCAGAUCUUGAGUUAUAAAUUCUGGCCUUUUGCAGGAACCACAAAGCUGUAGACCAACUAAGCACUGUACUGAUAUACUGGAAACCUUCCCUUCCACAACCUCAGCACUAGAAAUGCUGAGAAAAAGAAUACUGACCUUAGGUAGGAUAGCAAAAAGUACUUACUUUUUUUGUACCUUUUAAGUGUUAAAUAAUUGUGUUGUCUACAAUCAAAUAUUACAAUUAUUAAUCCUCAGACAUUUCUUCCUUUUAACUCAUUGCAAUAUAUGGGGACCAUUGUUGUGAUAAUAUUUCAUCCUGAAAAUUAAAAUAAUUUAUGGUUUAAAAACAAAUGACAUUGAAACUGUAUUUAUUUAUGUGCUUAUAUUUUUACAGUUGUUGGAAUCAUUCCUGUACAGCAUGUUUCAUUGAGCCUGUUACAGUAUAUUGAGGCAUUACAAUUCCCAUGUCACUGAUGUCUGAGAAGUUAUGGUGGUGUAUCUGUGUACACUGAAGCUUUAGUUAAAGGGGGUAGGAAGGAAGUUCUCACUCUCGCUGAUUUUCUACAGUGAAUUAUAAAUGACUAUGCACAAAUGUCUAACACAUAUUUACAUUGUUUAGAUUCUUAAAAAAAAAAAAAAGAAUAUAGCAUGACUGCUAUUACUGUUAUACCCAUAAAAAACAUUGUAUAAAGAUAAUGUAUUGUAAAGCAAAUCAACCCUGGCUAUUGUAACAGCAUUAGAUGCCUAAUAAAAAAAAUCACUUCUGAUCUAUUGUCCGGGAACAAGUUAAUGAGAUUAACUACAGUGAAACCCAUAUACAGUACCAGACAAAAGUUGGGACAAACCUAACUUACUCAUUCAAGGGUUUAUCUUUAUUUAUACUAUGUUCUACAUUGUAGAAUAAUAGUGAAGACAUUAUAACUAUGAACAUAUGGAAUCAUGUAGUAACCAAAAACAUGAUAAACAAAUCAAAAUAUAUUUUAUAUUCGAGAUUCUUCAAAGUAGCCACCCUUUGCCUUGAUGACAGCUUUGCACACUCUUGGCAUUCUCUCAACCAACUUCAUGAAUUAGUUACCUAUUUAUUACCUAUUUGGUAAAAGAACAGCUCAAAUAAGCAAAGAGAAACGACAGUCCAUCAUUACUUUAAGACAUGAAGGUCAGUCAAUGCAGAACACUUCCCAAAAACCUUUAAGCGCUAUGAUGAAACUGGCUCUCAUGAGGACCGUCAUAGGAAAGGAAGACCCAGAGUUACCUCUGCUGUAGACGAUAAGUUCAUUAGAGUUACCAGCAUCUGAAAUUGCAGCCCAAAUAAAUGCUUCACAGAGUUCAAGUAACAGACACAUCUCAACAUCAACUGUUCAGAGACUGUGUGAAUCAGGCAUUGAUGGUUGAAUUUCUGGAAACCACUACCAAAGAACACAAAUAAGAAGAAGUUGCUUGGACCAAGAAACAUGAACAAUGGACAUUAGAUCAGUGGAAAUAUGUAUUUUGGUCUGAUGAGUCCAAAUUUGAGUUUGGUUCCAACUGCCGUGUCUUUGUGAGACGCAGAGUCGGUGAACUGAUGAUCUCCGCACGUGUGGUUCCCAUGGUGAAGCAGGUUUGAUGGUGCGGGGGUGCAUUGCUGGUGACACAGUCAGUGAUUUAUUUAGAAUUCAAGCCACACUUAAUAACCAGCAUGGCUACCACAGCAUUCUGCAGCAGAUACACCAUCCCAUCUGGUUUGAGCUUAAUGGGACUAUCAUUUGUUUUUCAACAGGACAAUAACCCAACACACCUCCAGGCUGUGUAAGGACUAUUUGACCAAGAAGGAGAGUGAUGGAGUGCUGCAUCAGAUGACCUGGCCUCCACAAUCACCCAAACCUCAACCCAAUUGAGAUGGUUUGGGAUGUGUUGAACCGCAGAGUGAACUCCUUCAAGACUGUUGGAAAAGCAUUCCAGGUGAAGCUGAUUGAGAGAAUGCCAAGAGUGUGCAAAGCUGUCAUCAACGCAAAGCGUGGCUACUUUGAAGAAUCUGAAAUAUAAACACUUUUUUUGUUACUACAUGAUUCCAUAUAUAUGUUAUUUCAUAGUUUUGAUGUCUUCAUUAUUAUUCUACAAUGUAGAAAACAGUAACAAUAAAGAAAAACCCUUGAAUGAGUAGGUGUCCAAACUUUUGACUGGUACUGUAUACAUACACGUAUAUAUAUAAAUAGAUCAAAUCUGUCAUGCUCAUGGAUGAGUAGAACCUUUUUUUUUUUUUAAACAUGCUGAGGAAUACCAGGUUUUCAGCUCAAGUUCUGAUGUCUUGGAAAAGCACAAACAGUUUGAGCUAAGGCUACAAACUAGAGUAGUCUCAUUAAAGGGGACAUCUUCUGAUGCAAAACCACCAAAACAUGAGGUCAAUGCCUGGCACAUGGCUAGACAUAGAAUACAUUUUUUUAAACAAUGACACUUAAAAACAGGAGAAAUACAAGAUAAGCUUGGUUGUAAAAAAUAUUUUACAGCAGUAAUCAUGAUUCUGAAAAAAACAUGCAAUUAACAUGUCAUGAAAAUAAAUAACCAAAACACAUGUACAAAAGAAAUGUAGUAUAGUAAUUUUGCAGUCCAUUGACCGACUCAAACGAAUUUUCCCAGAGAAUUUGUACAUGCCUAUAUUGUCAAGGCACCCAAGCCUCGCGGUUAGAGAGGUAGCCUAGCAGUUAGGGAGGCGAGCCAGCAACUUGAAAUGUGUCUGACGGUAAAAAUCUUGUGCGAAGUGAGCUGGCAACAUGCGGGUUGCUGGUAUCAAAUCCUAGAUGCCACUGCCUGCCUUUGAGCAAGGCACUUAACCCCCCACAACAACAGCACACAGUUUGGAAGUGCCCAUACACUGCUCUAAAAACAAACUGGAUAUGUAUGCUUUGGAUGAGUUGGGUUAAAAGCA